AUGAUUAAACCCGACUUCCAAAAGGAACUCUUGGAGAAAGUAAAGAAGGGAAUUAAACCUUCUGACCUGAAAAAGAAAGUUAAAAAUUCCAAUGGUGAGAAGGGUUUGGGUUCCUCUAAUUCUAGCCCUCUUAUUUUCCCUUCUCACCAAGAAAAUAACACUCCGGCUUCUAGUCCUCCGGUUACACCAGAAACGAUCAGCCAAGCAGCCGAACAAGCUUUAAUGGAAGCUAACCAAAAAAUCAGAGAACUAGAAGCCAAAAACCAAUCUCUUAACAAAACCAUUCAAGACUUAAAAAACCAAGUAAAAAACACGAAAGAAACCAAAACCUUCACCUGCUCCGACUGCCAGCAAACCAAACCUGCCCCAGAACUAAGCCGACAAUUCAACAACUUCUCUUUUUGCCGGUCUUGCUCGAAAAAAGCCCGAGCCGUAGCCCAAGGACAAAAACCCCAACUCUUAACCUUCACCUGUGCCAGCUGUGAACAAAUCCACCCAGGAACCCCAAGCAAAAUGAAACUAGAUAAGACUUUACAAGAAUAUCCCAUUUGUCCCACUUGCCGUCCCACUCUCAAAGAAUUCAACGAAGCUGACUUAAUCACCGACGAAUUAUGA